AGUUUACGCAAUUUAAUAAGUAUAAUAACAUAUUUACAAAACUGGAGAUAUUACAACGUACAAUACGCUUUUCAUAAUUACUACGAAUUAAAAUACAAAGUUAUUCUAACGAACUAAAAACCGAAAUUUACAUAGCUCGUUUAGCGAUCGGUUUUCUGAUAAUAGAUUGUUGUAUACGCCUACUUAUUAUUAUAUCAGCAUUAUUAUUAUCCUUUAUUUAUCAGGUCUUAGGUAAAAACACUUACAAAACAAUAAAAAAUACAUUUAAACUCAUUAUAAUAAAACCUAAUCUAGGGUGCCGCCGCAAGGCCCAAUCAGCAUUAUUAUUGUUAUCAAUUAAAAUUGUAUUACUCUUGUUAAAGUAGAGGUUUUGAAAAAGGUUGAUUACGCAUUAACAUAAAGCCAAACCUGCAGUUUUUAGGGUCUUAGGAGGCAGUAAUGUUUUUUUACCCUAGUUUAGUACCCUAAUUAGAUUUUACUCUUUUACAAUAUUAAGAAACAGUAAAUUUAUGAUUUAUUGAAAUAAUAGUACAUAAUGAAGGCUUGUUGCGUUAAACACUGCAGGAGUGAAUCAUUUCGUGGAUGCGGCAUAUCAUUUUACCGUAUCCCUAGAAAAGAACCAAUCAGACAAAAGUGGCUAGACGCAAUUGGUUAUGUCCCGAAAAGGAAAAAUCCGGUGGUGUGCAGUUCGCACUUCAGACCUGAAGAACUUGCAUUCUCUGGUAUGCGGCCACUGGUCAUUCCUGAUGCUGUACCUUCUAUUUUCCCUACAGAACCAACAGCACCUCUGAUCGCACAAUAUUCGCCAGGCCCGAGCCAGAGCGCCACAGACACCUUGGAUUCCGACGCAUCAACAGAAGAGCCUCAAGAGCUUCUGAAACAAGCUUCAGAUUCCGACGCAUCAACAGAAGAGCCGCAAGAGCAUCUAAGACAAGUUUCAGAUUCCGACGCAUCAACAGAAGAGCCGCAAGAGACUCUUAGACAAGUUUUCUCGGUUUCCAACGCGUCAACUAAGCCGCAAGACCCCCUAAGACAAGACACAAAGCAAUGUCGCUUCUGCGGCAAAUACAGCAAAGAUUGCAUUCCUAUAUCUCCCACUCAUCUAGCUUCCUUCACAACAAAACUAGCUUUCAACGACAAUGUGGUUCAGUUCAGUGAAGCCUUACCUAAAACUGUAUGUAAAGAUUGUGAAGCGAAACUACAAAUAGUUUAUGAUUUUGUUAAAUAUGCGAAAGCUGCGCAAGAAUUACUAAUUAAUGUUGAAGAAGAUGGGGAAGAGAUGGUAGAAGUUAAAAAUGAAUAUGAGGAUGAUGAUGAAACAUAUGAUAGACUUGAAGAAGACAACAACAGUGAUGAAGAGAGACAAGAUAAAAAAGUAGAUUUAUUCACAAUGGGACAAACUGUAUAUAUUAAAGAAAAUCAAAAAAGGAAAAUUGUCACAAUAAGUGGUGUAAAACCGAAGAAAGCUAAAGUUAUUAAAAGUGAAAGUGGUAAUGAAGAAACUAAAAAAGUUAAUAAUAGAAAAGAAAAAGUUAUUGAUAGAGAUGACACAAAUGUUGAAACUGAUAAUAUAGGAUUGUUUAAUAGUGACACAAGAACAAAUAAACCUGGUGUUGCCGGAUUUACAAAACGUGUUUUUGUGCAUAAAGUGAGAAUUGAUGGAAACAGUUGAUGUAUUUUUUAAACAUGACACAAAUUUACUAAACUUUACUCUUAGCUUGAUAAGCAAAAACAAAGUGAUCUUAAUUAAUUUUGCUUAUGUAAUAUUGUAUAAUUAUUAAUUCCGUAUAGUACUUGUUCUAAGGUCCCGUUUUCUAAGGGGACC